AUGGAUUUCGCUACUUCCUCUCUCUGUCAAGCUCACAAGGUCGCUCUCACGCGUCAACCUUCUUCUCAGGUCAACACCUGCUCCCUUGGUUCGGUCUCCGUUAUCGGAUUCUCGCUUCCGCAAUUCAACUCUCCGUCUCUAGCUAAAUGUCGCCGGAAUCAGAGCUCUUCCGGCUUCGUUAGAGCAGUUGUUGAACAGAAGACCCGUACAGCUAUCAUCAGAAUUGGAACUAGGGGAAGGUCCUCUGAUUCGGAUCCGUUUCAUGGAUUUAAGGGAGUUUCUGGUCUUGUGAUUGAUUUUGUUGCAUUAAUGGACAGUCCUCUAGCACUUGCUCAAGCAUACGAGACUCGAGAAAAGCUUCAGUCAAAACAUCCAGACCUCACUGAAGAAGGAGCUAUUCACAUUGAGAUCAUUAAAACUACCGGUGAUAAGAUUCAAUCUCAGCCGCUUGCUGAUAUUGGUGGGAAAGGACUUUUCACCAAAGAAAUAGACGAGGCCUUAAUUAACGGUCAUAUCGACAUAGCUGUUCAUUCGAUGAAAGAUGUCCCAACUUAUUUACCGGAAAAAACGAUUUUACCUUGUAACCUUGUCCGAGAGGAUGUUCGAGAUGCGUUUAUAUGUUUGACUGCAGCUUCACUAGCUGAGCUUCCAGCUGGAAGUGUUGUGGGAACAGCUUCUCUUAGGAGAAAAUCGCAGAUACUCCACAAAUAUCCCUCGUUAGCGGUUGAGGAAAACUUUAGGGGUAAUGUGCAGACAAGACUAUCAAAGCUUCAAGGAGGAAAGGUCCAAGCAACUCUAUUAGCACUAGCUGGUCUCAAGAGAUUGAGUAUGACAGAGAAUGUCGCAUCCAUCUUAUCUCUCGAUGAAAUGCUUCCAGCUGUUGCCCAAGGAGCAAUCGGAAUCGCCUGCAGAAGCGAUGAUGAUAAAAUGGCAAAUUACUUAGCCUCGUUGAACCAUGAAGAAACAAGACUAGCAAUUGCAUGCGAGAGAGCGUUUCUUACAACGCUAGAUGGCUCAUGCCGUACUCCUAUUGCUGGUUACGCGGCCAAGGACGAAGAAGGCAACUGCUUUUUCAGAGGAUUGGUUGCUUCCCCUGACGGUACUAAAGUUCUUGAGACCUCAAGAAAAGGUCCAUACGUAUUUGAAGACAUGGUGGAGAUGGGAAAAGACGCAGGGCAAGAACUUCUUUCUCGUGCUGGUCCAGGCUUCUUUGGCAACUAA